UCUUGACCUGACGUUUGUCAGAAUCGGCUGAGAUCGCGACUUGGCCGAGAUCAUCCAAUCGUUCGUCACCGAUGCCGAGUUCCGAAGGGAUGCCGGUUCCAGCCACAUCGUCGAUGCGACCAUCGUGGUAGGUGCCCUUCUCUAUUCGCUCUCGCUUGAGUGAAUCCGCAAUCGCGUGCUGCUCCUCUCGUGCUUCCUUGCGAACUUGGCGUUGCUCAGCCUGUCGGUGAGAGCCACCAACCUGCUUGAGUGCCGCGCGGACAACCCCCAGCAUUUCUCGCACUUGUUCGUUGAGGGUGCUGCUGAGAUUGGCUGUUCUGCUGUCAGAAUGUUUGGUGUUCUGCUCGCGAGACUCACAUUUCUGUCCAAUCAAUCCUACGCUGACUAGAUCGACAAGGUGACUGAUCGAGUUCAUGAAGGAGCGUCCGACAGUCAAUCGUCAAGACGCUACGGUCAGCAUCCUUCAGUACGGCUUCUGUCAGAUUGCUUUUGCCGCUGCCUUGGGGACCAUGGAUGAAGGUGAUGGUCGAGGGCCAGUCGGCCUCGUCUGCAGAAGAAAGCUGCGCUACGGGUGUAAACAACUUGAACUCCAUCGACUUGUUGCGCAGCCAUUGAUAGAUUCUGAAUUCUGGGAAAGUUCGAUCAGACGUUUGCAUAUGAAAUGCAGCGACUUGCCUCGUAUCUCAAACCAAUCCUGCAGUUUG